AUGUUGAGAUCAGUGAGCACCGCUGAAAGCGAUUGUUUCGAAACGCUUCUUCAGUUCAUUUGUGAGCGCAGAUUUGAUGCCGGCUUUGAGCUCAUUCAAACACUCAACGCACAACAACUCAAAUGGCCAUUCAGUGCACCGCUGAUAAUUGUUUAUCUGAAUCUGGAACAAUAUGAACGUUUGCUGGAGACGGUGGAUAGUGCGCUGUUGACGGAAAAACAUCUUGCACUCGCCCGUAUUACCGAUGAAUUUUUAUUGACCGCAAAAGCUGAGGCAUUAUACGGCAUCGCCGAUCCGUCUUCGUUGCAGUCGUUCGAUCAACUAAUGAACUCGGAGCAUUUCCGCAAUGAAAUUUGGACCUUUCUACAUUUGUCGAAGCUCGCCAAAUCAGAUUGUUCAAAUGAUGAGUUCGUGAAAGAACUUGAUGAAGCAAAAGUCGAUGGUGAUGAGAGGUAUUGUUGGAUGGCAGCAAAAGCGUUGAGUAAUAACCAAAUAGAUGGUAAAUUUCUUCGAAUUUUUUAUAGAUCUCAUCCUUUUUUUUAUGAAGCUUAUGGGACAUUUUCGAUGUUGGUUAAGCAAAAUGUCUUUAAAGUCAUGCGAAAUUGA